GGCAUGUCCUCAUCAAUUUCACUCAUAAUAAUUUUUUAAAUAUCUUACAGGGAACUUCUGCCAUCCUCUCAAGGUGUAUUUGUUGAAUGAUCAGAACAAAUCCCUAACGCGUCGUCCUCCAUCUGCCAUCAUCUGGACAGGCCCCUCCCCACAUUGACCCCUUGCAAGUCACGCGUGCAGAUACCUCCCGGCGUGCUGCAAUCGUCUUUGUUGGGUAUCUGCGCGGUACAGUCGUCUUUGUUGAAUGAUCAGAUUGCCAAUGGGUGGUUCGAAACAUAAACGGCCGGCCAUUCCUGCAGAUGAAGCAUAUGGGGCUUCCAUCGCUGCUGGAGCACGCAAGAAACACAAGGCAGUUGUAGCUUUUGGAAGAGGAGAAGAAAAUUCAAUGGCCCUUUUGCGUAAUCGACACCGCCGGAAUAUGCUCCUUACAAGAACAUUGAAGUCCUAUCUAAAUGAUCGCUUCCAUACGAUGGUGCUAAUACUCGAAAUCAAGAUUGGUAUGAAACAAUCGGCCACAAUAUACGUACCAACACAUGACAUUCAAGUUCUGCUCUCAAAAAUGAUGCUAUAACUUGACAUUGAUACCCCGUUUGAAAUACCUAUUUAUACUAUGUUGAUUCUACAAAAACUCUGAACUCUAUUUAUAUAUA